CUGUCAUGUGAUCAGCUGUGUCCAAUCACAACUGAUCGCAUGGGACAUGUACACUGAUCAUCAGGGCACUGAUUAUCAGUGCCCUGAUGAUCAGUGAAGCCCCAUCAGUGCUACCUGUCAGUGUCCAUCAAUGCUACCUGUCAGUGCCCAUCAAUGCCACACCAAUGCCACAUAUCAGUGCCUACCAGUGCACAUCAAUGCCACAUAUCAGUGCCCAUAUGAGCUGCCUUUCAGUGCCACCUAUCAGUGCCAGUCAGUGCUACCUAUCAGUACCAGUCAGUGGCACCUAUGAGUGCUGCCAAUCCGUGCCACCUAUCAGUGCCACCUAUCAG